AUGAUAUUACCCCGGUUUUUCUUUGACAUGGAUAACGACUAUGGCGAUCACAAAUUCGACAAUAAAAAAGUUGCAUUAAUCCUUCUAGCCUCCCUAGCACUAGCAUUUUUAAUAGUUGGAUGUAUUAUUGGUUGCUGCACUUGUCAUAAACCUGUGAAAUAUCCAAAAAUAUUUACUCAAUCACCAAUGCCACCAUUACCACGAAGGAGAAAUGACCCGAUGUCUGCUACCAAAAUACCUAGUUAUACGCCGGCGUCAAGAAUGAGUGAACUGGCACUUGGGAAUAUACAUCAAACAUAUACAAAUCCUAGUUUCCUUCUCCCUGAGGGAGGAGAACCACUUCCAUCGUAUGAAUUUAUUACUCCUAAACAUCCUCCACCAGCAUAUAUUCCCAAGGGUUAG